AUGGUGAGUAAGGACCCCAGCAAAUGCUUGCUUACAGCCUCUGAAAGCGAAGUUGAUUCAGCGACAUCGCUUGCCUUAGAGAUGAGAUAUGCACUGGAUUCCAAUCGGCAGAUCAAGAAAAGGAACAAAGCCCUACAGGUGAGAUUCAAAGACAUCUGUGAGGCCCAAAACGAGCAGCGGGACAAACAGCUUUCUACAUUACAGCAGACAGACAAAAAGGAAGCAAAGCCCAUCACUUACAGAGCAGCUUACCGGAAAUAUAUGACAGUGCCUGCCCGGAGAUCAAUCCCUAAUGUUACUAAGAGUACAGGAGUUCAGACUUCACCUGAACUUAAAAAGUGUUACCAGACAUUCCCUUUGGACCGGAAAAAGGGGAAUAUAAUCAAAAGCAUAGCUUCUGUUGACACUUUUCCCAGUCAAAACAAUGGAUUCCUAAUAGAUGUUAAAGAUAAAGACAGCAGAAUCUCAGGGGAGGCUGCUCAGUGUAGCAAGAAAGUCACUGGAUUUGUGACAGCGGAGUUUAUUUCCCAUACUAAUGAACGGAUGAAUGCAAUAGAGCAGCCUUCUAGUGACAACUGUUCAGAGACAUGUAGAAGCACUGAUUUGCACAGCUGUACUAAAGAACCUCCUUCUCUUCAAAACUCAGCAGCUUCUGUUUCAGAAGAGCCUGAUUACCAGCUGCAUGACAAAGCAAAACACCACACAGGGCCGUUGGGGAAUGAGGAAGCUCAUCCAGCUACCCAUGGAAAAGUGUUCAAGACCGAAGUAGCUUCUGUCUACUUGCCUGAAUCCAGUUCACACACCUCACAGACUGACCUGCAAAAUUCUGCAGCAGGGAAUGAAUGGUCUCUGUGCCCAGCUGAGGAGGACAAAAAAAGAACAGUGCAUCUUAAUGGCCUGCAAUCACAAGCCGUAAGUGCAGCUCAGGCCUGUUCGACGCAGGCACAGUGCCAGCCGACCGAAUGUAAUGAACAGACCCUUCAGAUACAUGUUUCGCCUAUGGAAGGAAAUCAGCCUUGUCAGACAGCAGUCGCUGUGAGUGAAGGAUGUCAACAAAUCGUGCCUCACACAGAAGUGGUAGACUUGAAAGCACAGCUACAGAUGAUGGAGAACUUGAUCAGCUCAAGUCAGGAAACCAUAAAGGUCUUGUUGGGUGUUAUUCAAGAACUGGAAAAAGGAGAAGCUCAUAGAGAAGGGCUUUCAUAUCGGACUGGUCAAGACACAUCUAACUGUGAUACAUGCAGGAACAGUGCAUGUAUAAUCUAUAGUGUGGAAUUAGAUUUUAAGCAACAAGAAGACAAACUACAGCCAGUUCUGAGAAAACUUCAUCCUAUUGAGGAAACUCAGGUUGCACCUUUGCCUUAUUCCCAGGAGAGUUACUCCUCAACUCCUAAGCAAAAAUCCAAAACUGAAUCAAAAAAGCACGGAAGAUGGAAACUCUGGUUUCUUUAA